AUGGCAUCAAUCAGAUCAAAGAUAUCUAGUUUAAGAGAAUAUUUAACUCCAAUUAAUCACAAUUCAAAUUUUUCUACAACUGGGGAAAUUAGUCCUGAAGAAUUUAUUAAAGCGGGUGAUUAUUUAGUUUAUAAGUUUCCAACUUGGGAAUGGUCAAGUUGUCCUAAAAAGGAAUUAGAAAAAUCAUUCUUACCAUCAGAUAAACAAUUUUUGAUUACUAGACAUGUUCCUAGUUAUCAAAGAGCAAAUACUUAUUUAACUGGAAAUGAAAAUGGAAACGAUGGAGAUGAUGACGAAGAAGAAGAAGUUGAUGAAGAUGGAUGGGUUAAAUCUAAACAAAUCAAACAUGGUAAUGAUCAUAAUUAUGAUGGUAAGAAAGGUGAAGAAAUUGAAGAAAUUCCAGAUAUUGAUGAAUCACAUGAAGAAGACGACGACGAAGAAGAAGAGGAUUUUAAUGAUUCUGAAGAAUUUGAUAUAAUUGAUAAUAAUAGGUUAAGAAAAUAUGAUUUAUAUAUAACCUAUUCAACUUCUUAUAGAGUACCAAAAUUGUAUUUAGUUGGAUUUGAUUCAAAUGGUAUUCCUUUAUUACCUAAUCAAAUGUUUGAAGAUAUAAAUCUGGAUUAUAAAGAUAAAACGGCUACAAUUGAGAAAUUACCCGUGGGGAUAAAUACCACAUCUGUUUCUAUCCAUCCUUGUAAACAUUCUUCUGUUAUGAAAGUAUUAAUGAAACAUUCAAAAUUGAAAAAAGAGGAUAUUAACGAAGAUAUAAAGAAUUUAUCAAUUGAUGAUAAGAAAAAACAAGAUGUAGAUCUGGAUCUGGAACAAGAUGGAAUAAGAGUUGAUCAAUAUUUAAUUAUAUUUUUGAAAUUUAUAGCUAGUGUUACUCCUGGUAUUGAAUAUGAUUAUACCAUGGAUGCUUUAUAA